UUACUCUUGAAAGCAAGCCCGAGGGUUGUCACUUGUCACCUGCUCUCUCCACGCUCCGGACGGACCCUGUCUCUCUCUCUCUCUGUCUACACCUCCGUUCUAUCUGAGAGCGUAAAACAAAUCCAUCAAAAUGGCAGAUGAGAAAAAGCCCAAGAUGACGGCAUCUCGCAGGAACCAUCUGAAGAGUCUGAUGCUGCAGAUUGCCAAGGACUUGAUUGAGAAGGAGGAUGCAGAUAGAAUAACAGAGAAGGAGAACUACAUGGCAGAGAAUUGUGUACCUCUGCAACUCUCUGGAAUUUCCAUGCAAGAGUUACAGGAUUUGUGUAAGCAACUCCAUGCAAAGAUCGAUAAGGUUGAUGAGGAGAGAUAUGAUUUGGAGUCCAAAGUUCAGAAAAGUACUAAAGAGAUUGAUGACUUGAACAUGAAAGUCUUUGACCUGAGAGGCAAGUUCAAGAGGCCACCACUGAAGAGAGUGCGUAUGUCUGCUGAUGCCAUGUUGCGAGCACUGUUGGGUGCCAAACACAAGGUGUCUAUGGACUUGAGAGCUAACCUGAAGCAGGUGAAGAAAGAGGACACUGAGAAGGAGAAGGAAAUGCGGGACGUCGGAGAUUGGCGCAAGAACAUUGAAGAGAAGGCUGGAAUGGAGGGCAGGAAGAAGAUGUUUGAGGGCGCUGACUAAAAAACACCAACAUCAAAUCCAAACAUUGUAUUUUAAUAUUUGUAAUAAACAUAUAUGUAGGUCACCAUUCUUCCAAACCAGUGCUUGUGCCAAUUCACUUGGUUUCACAUGGAUUUUCCCCAACCACAGAACCUGACAGAAGCAAGGACUUAAACUAAACCCACCAACCUUUAAGCUGCUGUAUGUCAUGUAUCUCAGUUCAAGCCCCAGCACACAUUCUGAGUCUUACUUGCAAUGGAAAAGACGGAGCUCAUUGGCUUUAAGAUACCAUUUGCAGAAAAUAUAUUUUAUUUAAUGGUUAUAUGUGCUGCACAUCUAAAUCUACAGUGUAAAUAAACUGUUUAAAGCCA